AUGUUUGACAUGCGCAUACGACUUGUUUUGAUCUUUUCAAACAAAAUGGCGGGAAGAGCGGAAGAUAUGUGUUCCUCUUGCUUCGAGAACACGAAAUAUACGUGUCUGAGGUGUAAGAAUUACUUUUGUAUGCGGUGUUCCGUAUUUGAAAAUGAUGAAAGUGUAGCGGGUUGGAAAGCAGGCCGUUCGGUAGCGUACUGCGAGUCAUGUUUUCGAGAGAAAAUGAUUCUUGAAGAAACCGAAGGCAAUGAUCACGAGGAGACCAGUGUGGGUCAGAAAAGCCAAGAGUCAAGCUUGAAUGUUAAGUCCACAAAGCCGCCCGCUUUGAAAAGCAAAAACAUUGACGCAAAUGAGGAUGAAGAUGAUGUUACAAGUGAAGAGGGUGAUGACAAUGAAGAUGUGGACAAAGCUUUGUCACUAUUUGUAAAGAAAGGAAAGGCCAGGAAGGGCAAAAGACCUGGGCGAAGACCUCGAUGGUGCCCGAAAGUUCUUGAUGAUUUCAUUGACAUUGUUGUUAACAGCAAUGAGUUUAAAACCAAACUGAUUUUUACGAACACCAAGAAUCAGAGAAAUAGUCCAAUUUAUGCCAAAAUCUUGGAUGAGCUGAAAGGCAGGGCAUCAGCAAGAGGUGACAAGUUCAACAUGUCAAUUGCCCAGCUGAGGACCAAGUUCAAAAAGUGUGUCAGCCAGUGUAAACAAGCUGCACUAACUCAGAAAACUGCAACAGGAAUAAAGAGGUACCAGGAAGACCAUGGGUUUGGAAGCUGGUUCAAUGCCUUGCUUGCAGUGGUUAAAACGAGGGAUUCCUGUCAGCCCGAACGUGCUUUAGAGCCAUCAUCAUCGUCCUCUCCAUGUACCCCUAGAAGUUCUCAUGAUGACCACCCUUCUGAUAAUGCUGGGGACGAAGAUGCCCUGUAUAUACCAAAAAGGUCUGCAAAGAAGGAGAAAUUUGCUAAAGAUAAACUUGACAACACCCAAGUGAUGAAACUCAUCACAAAAGAGAUGAUCAGCUUUCUGAAAGACGAAAUGGAAAAGUCCCGAGAGCAUGAGUUGAAGUUAUUUCAACUCAUGCUUGGUCAUAGAGCCAAUUCAGGCUUGCCUCCAUCAUCCAGUAUGGUGCCUCCAUCCUCCAAUAUGGAAACAGGGUUUUACCAAUCAUGGAAUCAGGGCUUUCCCUGUCAUGAAGCAGGGUUUUACCCAUCAUUGCAGGGUUCUCAAGGGCCACAACAAACCACCCAGGAAAGCAUGUCUGAAGGUUCUUAUGGGAACCCUUUCCUUUAUGGCAAUGGAAAAUACCAGGCAUUGUAG